GUUAUAAACAUUUACAUGAAAGUUCAGGGUGUAAGGGCUCCCGGAGUAAAUGCAUUUCUUUUCGAAAUACAUUUAUAGCCACAUUCUUGUCUCGAAAAUUUUGCAGGAAGUAGCAAUCGCCGUUACCUAUCCUAAUUGCACUUUCUACUUUCUUCUUCGUGCCAACCAAUAUUUUGAUUAGCUAGAGCCGCGUGGAAUAGGGUAGAGAAAUAGGAGAGUGUAUGAACGAAAUUCCACGACUAAACGGAUCGCAUGAGGACUGUCACGUACUUCUUACACGUAUUACAUGUAUAAUAAAAACAGCCGUGACUCAAGUCUUGAGAAUUGCUCAAGGGUGAUCAGGUUUAUCAGUUAUAAAUUUUCCCAACUUUUCUGGCCUCCGUGGAAAUUUACGCAACGAUAUAAAAUAUCGAUGUUACUUGGUUUGCACACUGAUAUCAUAAAGUCAUUAUGUUUAAGAGAAUACAGCUCAUAGCUAUUGCUUAUACCCGUCCUAUGCACAAAUCCAUACACGCACAAUGAGGCUGUAUUAACGGUCACCGUUUCAAAACAAAACGGAAUAUGUAAACUGGACGUGAAUUCCCAUUUGAUACAACAUAGACUUUAGCCAAUGUCUGUGCAAACGUCCUUUCAUCCUAAACAACGACCUCUGACCGGGUUUACAAAUAUAUAACAAGUCGCGAUCGGUCAGUCGCUUGUAAGCCAGUCAUCCGCAUGGUUGCCGACAACUUCCAACUAAUAUACCCUUAUUAAUGCAAUAAAAAGAGAGAUCUCAAUACCAGUUAAUAAAAAAAUUAUACUAAUAAAGUGCGGGCCACAGUUGCAGAGGCAUAUUGCUUUCUCCAUACGAAUGAAGAACUAAGUGUUUUACAUAUCCUGAAUUUCAAAGUUUGCGUAAUGUGUUAGACGCUAAUGGAUUUCAUCGCAUUAAAAAUUGUAAUUAAUUAGAUGCUAGUGCCUUGUAAUCGCACUUUUUAUAUUCGGCAAUUGGAAUAAUCAUCAACUACCAAGGAAGCUGCACAUGGUUUAAUAGCGAAUGAAAAAUGUCAACCCAUUUUCAAUACCGUGAUAUAUUAAGUGAAACCCCUAUCCCCGAUUUGUCAAGCAGCGAUGAAACCGGUGAUACAAUUGGCGAGGCAAGUGCCAUAAAUAGGUCUGGAUCAACAUCUAGCGACCAGGACAGUAACGAUAACGAGAAACGGUGCAGCGAUGCCAACAGACGGAAAUCGCGAAGGGAAAACCAUAUGGGAUCGAAGUCGGGAUUAUACUGGAACGUGGGAUCGCCACCCGCAAAGAAACUGACGAUGGACUCAAUACCCGAAGACGAGCUGCUGGUUCCGAAACUCAAAGAGCUGGUCCUAGACAGCGAUUCUGAGGCAAUUAACCGAAUCGCCAAGCUAUCUAUAAAAGAUGAUGACAAGCCGCUGGCCGGUGUUGUCGCUUCACUGGCAACAUUUGUCGGGAUGUUUAUGGUCAAGCCACCAAUGCCUCGUGACUUCUUGCUGAAUUAUGGGUCGCCUCUCUUCGUUCGAACAUCUAACGCGUAUUCGGUCUCAAAGGAAGUAGCUGUGGGUCCGAUAAUCAACAUGUUGGGCCCUGCUUCAGAGCCUUAUUACUGUGUCGAACUGGUCAGAAACGGGAAUGAACUUGUGUCUAUAGGAACCCAGGUGUUCUAUUCACCUGAGGACCCGCGGACGAGAUACAUUCCUCUUAAACACGAAUAUGAUAAUCGCUUCACCGCUUCAUCGAAAGGUAAUCCGUAUAUCGAAUACUUCCGGCAUAGCAGUUCUACAGAGAGGUUCCCACACCUGGAAAGACGACGGCGGCGAAGUGCCGGCAUACGUGGAUUUUCCGACUAUAGAAGUACAUACUCAGGUAUACUUCACUCCAUUCGCCCAAAACACUCACACUUCUCUCAUUGAUCCAACAGCGUAACUGAUUGUGAGGUAAGGUUUUAAUGUGUGUUUUAAAACUUACCCCGAAAAAAACGUUUAGAAUAUGCCUCAAGCAUAUAGGUACGUAUAGUUUCAACAAUGCCGUGGAAAAUUCUUAUGGGAUAUCCUUUAUAUUCUGGGUUACAAACGUAUAUCUUCUGCAGUUGUUGCAACCUUCGUAUUCACAUGACAACUCUAGCAUUCUUCAAUUAGUCGUCACCUAUGUUAACACGCUUUUAUCACUUCAGCUGUACCCACAGUACGUUAAUUAUACACUCUCGAUUAUAGAUUUUAGACUGUUUUUAAGGCAUUUGAACACGUCAGGAUAUUUGAUAAUAUUCUGUUACACGGUGAGGACGCAAGUAUCGGUUACGAAUUUUAUACUUUACAAAUUCGUCGGUGAGUUCAUGAUAACACCACAGCCUUCAAUCAUUGCGCUAUUACUUUGAAAAGAUGUUAAAACAAAAAGAUUCAUACAUGCUUUUUAACAUGAAUCUAAACAGUUCCCGAUUUUAAUCAAUACUUGUAUCGAGUAAUUGAUAUUUCUAUAAAUUCUUUAACUUCAAAUAUUAUUUUGUUUUUAUUUUAAUUAUCAUUUUUUCAUGCAUACAAAUUUCAC